AGAUACACGGUUGUGUGGGAGUGUCGCUCUUUCUUUUCAGAUACAGACUAUAUAGCUUAUGCUGAACACUCCAACCAAAACACUCUGGUUUUCUAUUCACACAGUACAGUAACUCACAUCAGAUGUAAUUGCUUUGGUUUCAGUUUGUUCAUUUCUAUUUCCUAAUUGACACUGUUGUUUACUUGCUAGGCUUGGGCGUCAUUUGCCUGUAAACUUAAACCAAAUAACAAGGACAAGAUCCAGACCAAACAGUACCGGUUGUUGUUUGUUUGUUUAUUAGGGAAUGUCUUGGGCUAUGGAGUCUUCAAGGAGAAAUGGAGACGUGCAGGAUAUGAACCUGGCAGAAGAUCAGAUAAAAGCGUUGGAAGAAAAUUUUUUGAAAGUAAGCAAACAGCCAGAUGAAGCGACACUAAUGCUGAUCGCUGCUGAAUGCGGGCUGUCAGAAGAGGAGACUGCGAAGUGGUUCAAACUUCGCUAUUCAAAAUGGAGAACAUCAGAAGGCCUACCUGCCAUGUGUGGAUCUGUCAAAGAUUAGUUAUAGCUUGGAUACCAACUUCCUUUUAAGGAAAUGUUAACCACCCUUAAACUAUUGAAUUAUCAUUGCAAAAUGAUGAUAAUUCAUAUAUUUUUUACUUCUUCUUCUAUUAAUAAAUCUAAGGUUAUUUCCGAAUGUGAAUUUGAUAUUUAAAAAGCCAGAUAAUUUUUAACCUUAUUAUUAUAUCUUAGGAAAUAGUGUAUAUAAUGUUAUUUACAAACUGCAGUUUGAUCAAAUAAUAAAGUGCAU